AUGUGCGACUUUUCUUGUUACAAUGGAACCAGCGAGGAAUGGCUCGCCCUGGAGCGCACCUUUCCACCCCCGGCUCAUCCGGAGCCGAGUCUCGCUGAGAUGAAGAGGCAGGCAAAUGAAGAACGAGAAGCUUUGUCGAGAAAGGCGAUGAAAGUUUUGGCGCAUCAGGUCAAGACAUUCGACUAUGCCAUUCCUUCUCGUGAUGGGAGUACUAUCGAGGCUCGCAGCUACAGACCUGUCAACGUGCCGGAGGACAUGGUGCUCCCACUGUACAUCCACCUACAAGGCGGCGGCUUCAUGUUUGGCACGCUAGACUCUGAAGAUGCGAUAUGUACACGGAUUGCCUGUGGUUCGGAGGUUGUCGUGCUUAAUGUCAACUACAGACAUACGCCAGAAUUUACGCACCCGACGCAAUGGAACGACGCGGAGGAUGCUUUCGAGUGGGCGCACGAUAACAUGGACAAACUCUGCUGCAACCCGAGUAAGGUGGUUCUCGGGGGAAUAUCAGCUGGCGCUUGGGUUGCUUCGUCAUUGACGCUGGACAGACAUCUCAACAGGGAGAAUAAUCGUCGCCCGCCUCUGGCUGGACAGGUGCUGAUGAUUCCCUGCCUCGCACACCUCGACUGCUACGAACCUCAGCUGAAAAAGAUGAAGCACCAUUCUGUUUCGUCUUACAAGGAGAAUGAGCUGGCGCCGUUGCUGUCCGUGUCUGAGCUGCGGUACUUUACCAGCUUUCUCAAAAUCAAGAAUCCAGACGUCAAGGAUGUCAAGCUGAAUCCGGGGAACGCGACGCCGACGCAGGUCAAGGGUAUGCCACCUACAGUGCUCGGCAUAGUUGGAUUGGAUCCUCUGAGGGAUGAGGCCCUCCUGUAUGCCAAGAUGCUGACAGAAGCUGGGGUACCUACCGAUAUCAACUUAUUCAUCGGCUUGCCUCAUGGGUUCCGGUCGUACGAAGAAAAACUAUCGGCUUCAGCUCGCUGGGAUAGGGUGAUUGAAGAAGGCAUAUGCUGGGCACUGUCAGGACCAUCUCCCACCAACGAGUUUCACGUGAAGACGUAA